UUAUCAAAGUUGUACAACCAACUAAUUCAUAUGAUGCUAUAACGAAUCAUGGCUUAUUGGUUCAGUAUAUUGCUUUCUGUGCAGUAUGUGACUCGUUACUCUCGCAAAUCCUUACGGGUUCUUGGAAGUGUUGGAGAGCCCAUCAAUCCAAGUGCAUGGAGGUGGUUUUUCAAUGUUGUUGGAGAUUCAAGAUGCCCAAUAUCAGACACCUGGUGGCAAACUGAGACUGGUGGCUUCAUGAUUGCUCCCUUACCAGGGGCCUGGCCACAGAAGCCUGGUUCAGCCACUUUCCCUUUCUUUGGUAUCCAGCCAGUCAUAGUUGACGAGAAGGGAACUGAGAUUGAAGGCGAGUGCAGUGGUUAUCUAUGCGUGAAGAGCUCAUGGCCUGGGGCAUUUCGUACCCUUUAUGGUGAUCAUGAAAGAUAUGAAACUACAUACUUUAAGCCAUUUCCAGGCUAUUAUUUCAGUGGUGAUGGCUGUAGCAGGGACAAGGAUGGAUACCAUUGGCUUACUGGAAGAGUUGAUGAUGUUAUCAAUGUCAGUGGACACCGUAUUGGCACUGCAGAAGUGGAAUCUGCUUUAGUUUCGCACCCUCAAUGUGCUGAAGCUGCUGUGGUUGGUGUUGAGCAUGAGGUCAAAGGACAGGGGAUUUAUGCAUUUGUUACACUAGUUGAGGGUGUUCCUUACAGUGAAGAACUCCGGAAAAGCCUUAUAUUAACUGUAAGAAAUCAGGUAAGGAUCUAUUUCAGUGAUUUUCUUAACAUGAAUUCUGAAUUUCUGAAAUAAAUAUGCAUUAAAGAUCU